AAUGCGUUUAAUCAAACUUUCUACGUGGAACUGUGGAUAGCCGCAUUGACAGGUCUUGCCGAAGCAUGCGGAAGUCGAGAGAAUGCAGCCAGUCAUAUCUUGUUGUGGAAGAGCUUCGUAUUAGUAAAAUUACCAACGCUGAUUGCCAAGCUUGAAGUACGAAAACAAGAGCGCAUGCAAGACAUUACUUAUGAUGACGAAGCAAAGUACAGGUGUCACGAAUCUGUAAUAAAUCAAUUAUUUGGAUUUCGCGGUUUGAUCAAUGCUUGUAAUCAACUGCCUAAGAGUAUAGACGGUGAAAAAUAUUCGUUGAGUGUUCUUCCUUUCGUAUGGCUUUUCCUAUCAAUGUAUUUCGUUUUAUUUUUCGGACGAUCUUAUUUCCCAUUAAACGUGUUAUUUAGAGUAGUCGACGUGUCAACUGAUAUACUAAGAGUGUGCGAAAAGAAAAAUCUCAUUAGAAUGGAGUUCAUAGCAGGACUUCUUGGAGAUCGUACUUCAAGAAUAACAUGGGAGAAGUCUGACUCGAUGGAUGUUGAGUCAUUGGUUUCGAGUAUUCUUUCUGACCCUAGCCUAUUGGACCCUCUAGUGUUUACCCCAAUUUCAACAUUUUCUGAUCAAGAAACCAGAGUUGAAAUUGUGAUCAAACUCGCGACAAGAUGGAGCUCUGAGAAGCAAAUUCGACUUCUUGGCACACUAUGUAAAAUUCUCAAUGAGAACUUUGAGUUACUUAAUGCGAUAUUUCUCUAUAGUCAUCCAUCUCAGCUGCUCGCUCCGCUAGAUGAAUUAUGCAGUAUUUGGACUAAUCCAGAAAGCGACGAAAUUGAUGAUUAUGUACAAGAUUACGAGAAUUUUGGGCAUAUAUUUUUUUUGAUCUGUAGUGCUGUCAAUCGAUAUGAACUGCACAGAAAUCUUGAGGAUGUAUUUAAAGGCACUAGUGGCUUUAUGUACAAGUAUUUUUUGUUGACACCCGGGGCUAUCACAUCAGAAGGGCAGCAAGAUUUAUUAGUAAAGCAAUGGGUAGAUGCUCUAUUAAAAGAAGCCACAAUUCCCGACGAGGUGAGAGAGGCUUUCUUUACUCAAUGUGACUAUCCAUCUUUCAGGUCAACUCAUCCACGGAAAAUGAUUGAUUUCGCGCCAGUAAUAAUAGACAGAUUAUGCGAUAAUUGUGAAAAGGAAGCUAUUAGCCAAGAAGUCUUACUCAGCAGACUAGAAAUUUUCCUACAACCUCGUUGGUCAUAUGCUUUAAUCACAAUAUGUCAAUGGCUUUGUGAGGAAUCUUUAACGUUAAACCAGUCGUCCCUUCUUCUUAACAUACUGAAACACCUUGUCCUACGUGAGGAAUUUCCGUCAAUUGUUUCGCGAUCAGUUGGUCAUUUGAUACAAACGACUUUGAUUGGAACGAAAUUACCCGCUCCCGAUAUCGAGAACGUGAGAGUCAAGAUCGAAUCAUCACUUGAUUCUGUAUGGCGAACAAAAAAGUAUUCAAUAGACACUCUCACUCGUCGAUUCCGCAAGAUGUUUCAUGUUGUGGUAACGAAUGGAAGAAGUAGCUUUGUGCAAGAUAGAGUGCUGAGUAUUUCAUGUCCCCACCAUUUUGACGUUGAAUUGAUAAGAGACGUUCUUGAAGUUGGGGGAGCCCGUCUAUUUGUCGAACUGGUCGGAGAGGUAAUAUCGGCUACAAGUAAAGUUGGAGGAGGUAAACGAGCAGGUAUGAUUUGA